AUGUUUUCUAAAUUAUCUUAUUUGUUACCCCUAAUCGCCCUUGCCUUGGUCAUCGCUCCAACAACUGCCCAAUAUGUGCCAAAUUUUGAAGUGGAUUGGACCGAAGCCUACAAUAACUUGGUUAUGAGCUAUCUUGCCUAUUGUCCAGAUGCAGUAGGGUCACAAUGGGAUUGUCCUGGUAUAGUUUGCUCCAAUCAAUUGUCCAAUGGAUUUUUUGAGGACCCUUCUUUUACUUACCUCAGUAGUAAUACAGUUGAUAAUGUCCUCUUUUACUUUGUCGUACAAAAUGAUAUGAAGUAUCUUAUCUUUAGAGGUACUGAUGAUUGGACAAACAUCUUCACAGAUUUAGAUUAUAAACAAACUGGUUUUGGAAAUGUCUCUGGCUCCAUGGUAGCAACAGGAUUCUUCACAGCAUGGGAAACAAUGCAAACAGAGGUUGAGAGAAUGGUCUUCCAACAAGGUGGUUGCGUUCAGAAUGAACAUUGUAAUCUUACGGUUACUGGUCAUAGUCUUGGCGGUGCCAUAGCUACCCUUGCAUCAUGGAGUCUCCAAACAAUUUAUCCAUCAUUGAAUAUUAGUGUCCAAACCUUUGGAUCACCAAUGGUAGGAAACCUUGAAUUUGUCGAUAUGUGGAAUGCAGUUUUCCCAGUUCAGAGUCGUAGAUUUGUGUAUUAUCAAGAUGGCAUUCCAACACUCUAUGGAGCAAUCAAACGUAUCCAGGAUAAGUAUCCUUAUUACGGUGUCAACAACGAGGUUUAUAUCAGCACCACCGAACAGAUGACCAGCACAUACAACCCACCACCAUUUACAGAGUGCGAUCUAAGCAAUAUUGAAGAUUGUCAAGCUAGUGUACCUGACUAUUGGUAUGAUCUCAUCCAGUCUGAAUGCUUAUUCUACUACCAUAGACAAUAUUUCGGACUUUACACUAAAUCGAUUUGUACCGGAAUGGCUACACCUGCUCCCCCCCUUCCAGGAUAUUGCCAAAUCGGAUUCUUGGAUCCCCAGCACCCAACAUUGGAGUUGGAGAUCACCAGCCAUUGGAUGGCAGGAGGAUUUAACUACACCAAUGUGGUUGGUACUAUCACCAACCAUAGUCCAGUUGCUGUUCACAAUCCUGUGUUUACAUCGACUCCAAAUAUCCAACCUGUAAGUAUGUGGAAACUCGCCCCUUCAACUGUCAAUGGUAUCAUCCAUUGGCGUCUCGCCCCAAAUGUAGGUGAUAAACCAGUUAUUCCAGCUGGUUCACAAUAUAUCUUUGCAUUCACCAACAAUGCUACCACAUCCUACACCUUCACCAGAAUUAAAUAA